AUGAUAUUGAAUUGUUUUUGCGUUUCUGGGACAAUGCAGAGCACGUUCCCACCUCAACGCCCCGCCGAGUCGACUCACCACCGUCUAAUUGAAUUCGUCAAAACUGCCCUCAUCAACAUCUUCGUCUCCCCUUACGCCACCGUAUCGCUCCCUGCCUCUCUCGUAUGUGAUUUGUAUUGUGGGAAAGUAACUGAUGAGGAAAAGUGGGAUGAAGCUCAGAUUGGUCACUAUAUUGGCAUUGACGUAGCGACGUCUGGAGUUAGUGAAGUGCGGGAAGCCUGGGAGAGUCGACACAAGGCUUACACUUCUGAGUUUCUCGAGUUUGAUCCUUGCAUUGAAGAUGUUGACUUGCAUUGGAAGAACAAGGAAAACCAGGCUGACAUUGUUUUUUGCAUGCAACAUUUGCCGUUAUGUGUUGAAACUGAGGAGAAACUGAGGAGACUGUUGCACAAUGUCUCAUCUUUGUUAAAGCCAGGAGGUUACUUUCUCGGUAUUACUCCCGACUCAUCUACUAUAUGGGCCAAGUACCAGAAGAAUGUUGAAGGAUUUCACAAUAAGAGUGGUGGAAUUAAGCCCAGCAAUUUUCCAAACUCCAUUAGAUCGGAGAGCUACAUGAUCACCUUUGAGGUUGAGGAAGAGAAGUUCCCAUUUUUUGGUAAAAGGUACCUGCUGAAAUUUGCGGGUGACAUGUCCAGUGAGACUCAUUGUCUUGUACAUUUCCCAAGUUUAAUCAGGUUGGCUAGAGAGGCUGGUAUUGAUUACAUAGAGAUACAAAAUUUGACCGACUUUUAUGAUGACAACAGAACAGCUUGUUGUGCCUCUAGUAUGGGACCUGUUAACUUUAUGCUUCUUGUAAGUAUAGAUGUGAGGGUGCUCAUGUUAUCAACCUGGCUCUUAAGAGCACAACUGGCAGGGUUGCUCAUGGACGCUGGUCAUAAUUUCGUUGAUCCAAGGGGGCGGCUUCUUCCAAGAUCAUAUGAUGUUUUAGGUCUAUACACUGUAUUCAUCUUUCAGAAACCAGAUCCAGAUAUUGCCCCACCUCUCAUGACCCCAUUGUUGGAAGAUGGAAGCCACAAUCAUGACGAGGCAAGUGUUGUGGUCAAAAUUUUCCUCCAAGGUCCUGAAACUGCUUUAAGCACAAGGACUUCUGGUUCCUUUGAAGUUUAUCUGGUGGUGAAAACUAGAGCAGCUUUGAUGCCACCAAGAGAGCGGCAAGCCGCUUUAUGGAGAGAGGAUGACAAGAAUACACAGCCUGAGUCGAGUUCAGGACUGGCUAAAAUAACUGAACAGAAAGGCAUAUUAGGCCCUGGUCCAGUUGAGCUGCGGUUCUCAGAAGCUCUUUGAGUAUUUCAUUAAAGGGACCAACGAGUUAUUUACGCAUCAAUAUUUAUGAGAUGUAAAGGUUCUGGAGGUGCAAUUUUUGUUAUCAUUUUCUACGUGGGAAUUUUUGUUCAAGGUACUUCCGCCCCUUUCUCUCUCUCUAUCUGGAAUGUACUAGAAAAAAUGUAAUAUUAUUAUGAGAGUAAAUAGACAGACAACUAAAUUAUCUUUUCCCCUCAUUAAAAGACUAUUUGUUGCGUGGAAAAAGCUAACAUAUCAAAAGUUUGUAGUAUACUUUGGUUGUGUACGUGGGUCAUCGCAAAACGCGACUUGAUUGCUAAAUUUCGGACAGCUGCGAAGUAAGUGGGUUAAUGACACCAAAAUAUUUAAUAUUUUCGUUUAGUCUUUCUAUAUUUUUU